AUGCGGUGGUUAGUGUCCACCGUACUCCUCUGCUCCGUCGCGUAUGGACUCAAAGAUCUUGGAGCCCCGAAUUGGUCAUGUGACGCCAGUGUGAUGGCUAAGAGUAAGAAAGUGCCGACAAGUGCACAUAGUGUUCGAUUUGCUGAUAUCAAAGUUAUUGGAGCACUCGGAGAUUCGUUGACCGCAGCCAACGGAGCAGGAGCACCUCCAGGUGAUCCCUUGGCUGUAAUCCUUCAAUAUAGAGGACUUGCUUUCCAAAUUGGUGGUGAUAAAUCUCUCGAUGAACACAUUACAGUAGCAAAUGUUUUGAGAAAGUUCAACCCAAAUUUGGUGGGAGCAUCAAAAGGUAUUGGAUCAGAGAAUGUUUGGGAAGUUGCUCAUUUGAAUAUGGGAGUACCUGGUGCUGAAUCCAAAGAUAUUAUUGGACAAGCAAGAGCUCUUGUUAACACAAUGCAUUCUCAUUCUGAGAUCAAUGUGAAAGAAGACUGGAAACUUGUGAAUAUUUUCAUUGGAGCCAAUGAUAUCUGUGUUUAUUGUGAAGAUCCAUACUUUAAUUCGACGGCCCCUCAUGGAAAAACAACGUUCGAGAAUAACAUUAUUGCAGCUGUUAAGAUUCUUCAUGACAACUUACCAAGAACAAUCGUCUCCUUGACUGGAAUGUUCAAUAUGAGAAUGUUACGGAAAAUUGAUAAGAAGAAGUAUUUCUGCGAGGGACUUCAUACUUUUGAAUGUGAUUGUGAAUCAAAUCAGAAGUUUACUGACGAUGAUAUUCAAGGAGUUUGUUUCGGAUACAUGGACGGAGAAAAAGAUAUUCAGACAACCGGUUUGUUCGACGACAAAGAUGAUUUCACUUUUGUAGUUCAACCAUUUUUCAACGGAAUUUUGGAUCCUCCAUAUGCUAGUCCAGGAGUCGUCGACAUGACAUUCUUCGCUCCAGACUGCUUCCAUUUCUCUGCUUAUGGACACGGAAAUAUUGGAAUGCAUUUAUGGAACACUAUCGUCCAACCGGUUGGAUUCAAACAAACCAGUGUCAAUCUCAGCGAUCCUACUGUUGGAUUACACUGUCCGAGCACGAGUUGCCCGUUCUUCCCGACAACCAAGAACAGUAAAAACUGUGCUGCUCAUUUCACUCUCAGUGAGCUGGAUUGA